UUUCAGCCGAAAAGAAAGUAAGGAAGAAGGAAAGAAAAACAACUUUUACAGGGCUGUUCUUCUUCAGCUUCCCUCUCCUUCAAAUCAAUAGGCAUUUAUUUCCCUCUUCGUUCUUCUUCACUUUAUUACUCCACGCUCCUUUCAUGUUUCUCUUUCUUGCCGAUCUUUGUGAUUAGGGAGGUUUCAAUUUCACAAAAUGCCACUGUUCCUCUCCGACGAGGAGUUCUCGCAGUGCGCAGAAGACGGCGCUGCGGUGGCGGAGAAGGCCGACGCGUUCAUCGCCGAGCUGUACAAGGAGGUCGAGAUCGUCAGGGCCCGGGCCGACGCCUCUGCCAUCACCGCCGAGCAGACCUGCUCACUGCUUGAGCAGAAGUACCUCUCCCUCUCUGAAGAAUUCUCCAAGCUCGAGUCCCAAAACGCACAGCUUCACUCCUCCCUCGAUCAGCGCCUCUCCGACCUCGCCCAAGUCCAGGCCCAAAAGUAUCAACUCCAGUUGCAAUCCAUCGGAAAGGAUGGGCAGAUAGAGAGGUUGACAACGGAGGUGUCGGAGUUGCAUAAGUCUAAAAGGCAGCUGAUAGAGUUGGUCGAGCAGAAGGAUUUGGAGACCGGUGAGAAGAAUGCCACAAGCAAGAGCUAUCUUGAUAAGAUUGUCAAAUUAUCCGACACUGCUGCGCAAAGGGAGUCUCGUUUGAGUGAAAUCGAGGCUGAGUUGUCGCGUGCGCAGGCUACACGCUCUCGUCUUUCACAGGAAAAGGAGCUUAUUGAGAGGCAUAAUGUCUGGCUUAAUGAUGAGUUGACUGACAAGGUUGAUAGUCUCAAUGAACUGCGGAGAAAAUAUAAUGAUAUUGAGGCUGAUAUGUGUGCUAAGCUUGCAGAAGUUGAGAGGCAACACAACGAAUGCUCUGGUUCAUUACAAUGGAACAGGGAAAGAGUGAGGGAACUAGAAACAAAACUAACAUCCUUGCAGGAGGAGUUGUGUUCAUCUAAAGAUGCUACCGCCGCCAAUGAAGAGCGAUUAUCUGCUGAACUCUCAACACUAAAUAAGCUUGUUGAACUAUACAAGGAAAGUUCUGAUGAAUGGUCCAAGAGGGCAGGAGAGCUUGAGGGCGUCGUUAAAGCCCUAGAGACACAUUUGAUUCAAGUCGAAAUUGAUCAUAAAGAGAGACUUGAAAAGGAAGUAUCUGCAAGGAACCAAUUUGAAAAGGAUGCUGCAGAUCUGAAAGCAAAACUUGAAAAGUGUGAAGCUGAUGUUGAAAACAGUAGAAAAUCGAAGGAACUGAAUCUUCUUCCACACAGCAAUUUCAGUACUGAAAUAUUGAUGAAUUCAUUUGAAACAAAUUGCAUGGUUGAGGAUAAUCACGUGGUUGUCCCCAAGAUUCCUGCAGUUGUUUCAGGAACAGCCUUGGCAGCUUCGCUUCUGCGUGAUGGUUGGAGUCUGGCUAAAGUGUAUUUGAAAUAUCAAGAGACUGUUGAUGCCCUAAGAAAUGAACAGUUGGGAAGGAAGCAAUCUGAGGUCAUUCUGCAACGGGUCUUAUAUGAAUUAGAGGAAAAAGCUGAAGUCAUUUUGGAUGAAAGAGCGGAACAUGAAAGAAUGGCAGAAGCAUACUCUGAAAUCAACCAGAAGCUGCAGAACUUGCUGUCUGAACAGACUAACUUUGAGAAAACCAUACAGAAAUUGAAGGCUGAUUCAAGGAGACAUGAACGUGACUAUACUCUAGCUCAAAAAGAGAUUGUUGACCUCCAGAAACAGGUGACAGUUCUUCUUAAGGAAUGUCGAGAUAUACGACUUCGUUGUGGAUCUACUGGGCUGGAAUGUUUUGAUGAUGGUAGCACUGUUACGGGGACAAAUGCAGAGUCUGAUACUGAAAAAGUGAUUUCUGAACGACUGUUGACAUUUAAGGACAUAAAUGGAUUAGUGGAGCAAAAUGUACAACUCAGGAGCCUUUUGCGCAGUCUUUCUGAUCAAGUUGAAAGUACAGAGAUGGAGUUCAAGGAAAAGUUUGAAAUGGAGCUUAAAAAACAUACUGAUGAAUCUUCCUCUAAAGUUGCUGCUGUCUUACAAAGAGCAGAGGAGCAAGGGCGAAUGAUUGAAUCUCUCCACACCUCUGUUGCUAUGUACAAAAGGUUAUAUGAAGAGGAACGUAAACUUGAUUCAUGUCUGCCUCAUUUUUUAGAAGCUGCUCCAGGAAAAUCCAUUGAUGAUGGCAGGACGAAUCGCAAACUUCUUCUUGAAAGAUCUCAGGAAGCUUCUACAAAGGCCCAGGAACAGGCUGUGGAGCGAGGGCUAUGCAUUGAAGAAGAACUGGUGAAGUCUAGGACUGAGAUUAUAUCAUUACGCACAGAGCGUGACAAGUUUGCUUUGGAAGCAAAUUUUGCAAGAGAAAGACUUAACAGCUUCACGAAGGAAUUUGAGCAUCAGAGAAUUGAAACCAAUGGCAUUUUAGCCAGAAAUGUGGAGUUCUCGCAAUUAAUAAUUGAUUAUCAACGAAAGCUGCAUGAAAGUUCUGAAUCUUUGCAUGCUGCUGAGGACCUUUCUCGGAAGCUUACCAUGGAGGCAUCUGUUUUUAAGCAUGAAAAAGAUAUGUUAGUCAGUGAGGAGAAGAGAGCUUGUAAUGAAGUUCGUGGUUUGUCAGAGAGGGUCUACCGUCUGCAGGCUAGUUUGGACACUAUACAGGGUGCUGAGAAAGUUCAUGAGGAGGCAAGAACUUCUGAGAGGAGAAAACAAGAGGAGCACGUAAAGCAAGUUGAGAGAGAAUGGGCUGAGGCUAAGAAACAGUUGCAAGAAGAGCAGGACAAUUUUCAGAACCUCAGAGUAGACCGUGAGCAGACUAUAAAAGAUGCCAUGAGACAAGUUGAAGAAAUGGGAAAAGAGUUAACUCAUGCUUUGCGUGCUGUGGCAGCAGCUGAAUCCAGAGCUGCGGUUGCUGAGGUGAAACAGUCUGAUCUAGAGAGAAAAAUCAAAUCUUCAGAUGCCAAGGAUGUUGACAUAGAUGGUGGGAGGGAACCUUCAUCUUUCUUGAGCAAUGAGAUUGUUGUCGAAUUACGAAUGGCAAAGGAAGAGAUUGAAAAAUUGAAAUUGGAAGCACAGGCUAACAAGGAUCACAUGCAACAGUUUAAGAGCAUUGCGCAGGUGAACGAAGAUGCAUUAAAGCAGAUGGAAACUGCCCAUGAAACCUUCAAGAUUGAGGCAAACAAACUAAAGAAAUCACUAGAGGAUGAAGUUCUUUCCCUUAGAGAGAGGGUUUCUGAACUUGAAUAUGAAUCUAGUUUGAAGUCUGAAGAAGCAGCUUCUAUAACUGCAGAGAAAGAGGAGAGCCUUGUGUCUGCUUUAGCAGAAAUAAAAAAUCUAAAGGAAGAAUCAUCAGUUAAAACUUCGCAAAUUUUAGCAAUGGAAAUUCAGAUUUCUGGCUUAAAAGAAGACUUGGAGAAGCAGCAUCAACGAUGGCGUGGCGCUCAGACCAAUUAUGAAAGACAGGUCAUCCUCCUGUCAGAGACUAUUCAGGAGUUGACAACAACAUCAGAAAUCUUGGCUUCACUCCAAGAGGAAGCAUCUGAAUUGCGUAAAGUGGCAGAUGCACACAAAAGUGAAAAUAAUAAAUUGAAAUCCAAGUGGGAAGUAGAUAAGCCAAUGCUUGAGAAGUCAAAAAAUGAAGCUGAGAAGAAGUACAAUGAUACCAAUGAACAGAACAAAAUACUGCACAGUCGACUUGAAGCUUUGCACAUUCAGUCGGCUGAGAAGGAUCGUAAUUCUGUUGGAGUUUCUUCUGGAAGCACCAGCACUGAUACCCUUGGUGAUACUGGUUUACAUAAUAUUAUUAAUUAUCUCCGACGACCAAAAGAGAUUGCAGAAAUAGAGACUUCAUUGUUAAAACAGGAAAAGCUGCAACUGCAAUCACAACUCGAGAGGGCUCUCAAGGCAAUAGGGACUGCCCAAGCAUCACUACAAGCUGAGCAUGCAAAUUCAAGGGCAUCGUUGUUCACUGAGGAAGAAAUCAAGUCUUUACAACUUCAGGUUAGAGAAAUGAACUUACUUCGUGAAAGCAACAUGCAACUCAGAGAAGAAAACAAGCACAAUUUCGAGGAAUGCCUGAAAUUGCGUGAAGUAGUUCAAAAUGCAAAGGUUGAGACAGAGAAUUUAGGGUCUCUACUGAGGGAGCAAAAAAUUGAGGUGGAAGCUUGUAAGAAAGAAAUUGAAAUGCAAAAGGUUAAUAAAGAUAACCUGGAAAAAAAGUUACUUGAAAGGUGUAAAAAUAUAGAUGUGGAAGAUUAUGACGGUAUGAAGGAUGAUAUUCAACGAAUGCAGGAGAAACUGAAAGAUAAGGAUGCACAGAUAGCUGAGAUCAGAAAGCUUCUGUCUGAAAGGCAGGAUACAACAUCAAAAUUGGAACAAGAUCUUUCAAGACGCAAAUUAGAACUGAUUGAGAGGGAGAAGAGGAUAAAUGAGAUUUUGCAAGUUGAGGCUCGUUCAAAGCUAGAUGCCGAGAAGCAAAGAAAGAUGUUUAUUCAGUUGAAGAGGAGGUUUGAGACUCUGUCAAGGGAAAAGGAGGAACUGAGCAAGGAGAAUCAAGCUCUAUCUGGGCAGUUAGAGAAGGUCAAACAAGGGAAGAGGUCUGUCAGUGAUACUGGUGGUGAGCAGGCCACGAAGGAGGAGAAAGACACCAAAAUACAGACUCUAGAGAAACAUUUGGAGAGGCAGAGGGGGGAGUUAAGGAAGGAGAAGGAAAGACAGCUGAAGGCUGAGAAGGCACUAAGAGAUUCUUAUAAUAAAAUUGAGCAGGAUAAAACAAAGUUUGUAAAUGAGCUUGAGAUGCAUAAGCAGGCACUGAAGCGGCUUUCUGAUGAACUUCAAAAGCUUAAGAAUGCGAAAGACAGUUUGCCUGAGGGUGCUUCAGUGGUUCAAAUUCUUUCUGGCACUCUACUGGAUGAUCUUGCUGCUCCCUAUGUCAUGGCCGUUGAAAAUUUAGGAAAGGUAGCACAUUCAGUUUUUGGUGAACUUGGAGCUCAUGGUGUUCCCACGGACACCUCUUCAAUUGCAGACACUUCAUUGACAACUGCUGCAGGUCCUAUAGUUUCUAUGCAAGCCCCUAGUCUUGUAUUCCCAGUGGGACCUUCAACAAGUGGCUUGCCAGCCAAAGUAACUGAAGAAAGUGAGAAGAGAUUCACUUUGGCCAAAACCAAUGUUGAGACUCGAAAAGCUGGGAGGAAGUUAGUCCUAGUCCGGCCACGUAUUGUAAAAUCUGAUGAGCCACAAAGGGAUGUGGAGAUGUCAGAGGUUGAAGGAGCAAACAAUGCGGGCAUGCCUGCACCUUCUACUGACACAGAAACUCAGGGAAAUCUUACUUUACUAACCCAACCAGUGGUCCGCAAACGUUUAGCAUCUUCAUCCACUUCUGAGUUGCAUGAGGAGACAGUCAUCAAAGGAGAAAUCAGCUCUGAUGUGGGAGUACCUGUGCUCAAAAAAACAAAAGGUUCAGAACCUGCACAAGAGAGUUCUGAAUGUCAAUUUGCUGUUCCUGUUGAAAAUCUUGGGACACUAGUGGCCUCUGAAGGAUUAUCUGAGGUUCGCGAGUUUCCACAAGGUUCAAAUGAGGAAGUAAUGGAUGCUGAGGAAGAGUUUGAGACUACAGGAGAUAAAUCAGAGGAUAAGAAGAGUGUUCCAGAUGAGAAUGUGGAUAGACAAGGUGGAUUGCAUGGUGAUAAGAAGAGUGUUCUAGAUGAGAAUAUAGAUAGACAAGAUGGAUCGGAGAUGGUGUCUGAUGAUGGGCAAAAGGAUCAAGCAGAGGAGAGGAAGAAGAGGAAUCUGGAAUCCGGAAGUGAAAGAGAAGAGGGAGAGCUCAUGCUUGAUUUUACAGACCCUGAGGUUGGUGAUAUUUCUAACACAAUGGGGAAGUCAAAAAUAGGGGAAGGACAACCGGAGCCUAUUGCAACCCCAUCGGCUUCCCCAGCUAGGGCUGGUGAUGAAACUCUAGUUGCUGCAGCAAUGGAGAUUGGUGAGAUAAAUUCUCCAGAGGCUUUAAAUGAUGAGAAAAAUGAGGAAGGUGAUGCGGAAGUAGAGACUGCUGAGGGUUCUGAUAAGUCAAAUGAUGGGAAGGAACAGAUUGUGAUGGAAACUUCUCAGGUCAGUGAAGCUUCCUAUGUUCCAGUCGAGAAUACUUCAGGUGGUGCAGUUACAGAAGUUGAUGUCUCAAAACAAGGUAGCCCUUUAUCAGAACAAGGCAUUUCAACUGUCAACACAGAAACCGACGUGGUAAGACAGGGGUCACCCGUAGGUAUUACUUCAACUACUAUAAAUCUUUCAGAGCGAGCUAGGCAGAAUGCUGCGAGAAGAUUAGGUGUGGCUUCUUCUCCAGUGGUUAGAGGCCGUGGAAGAGCUGUGCCACGUGCUCGAGGUCCACGUGGUGGGCGUGGACAAUCAUCCAAUGAACAAGGUUAAAGCUUGGUGCUUUUGCCUACUGUUUUCUAAUUAUAUCCUUUCUAAGAUUUUGCCUCUGCAUUCUAUUUAUAGAAAUUCCACAGGAGAUGCAUGCAGAAGAGUUACGAGUGAUAGUAAUUACCUAAAAUCAAUUUUGUCUUUUGUAUAGUGGCUUUUUUUCUUCCCAUAGUGGAUAUAGAUACUACGUCCUUUUGUUGACGAAUAAUCUAUGCUGUUCCCUGCACUCACAGAAGCAACUACGAUCUACUGGGAAAAUGUAUGAUAUCUCUCCAUUUUAAUAA